AUGGCUUCGGCCAUGCGCCAACGCAGGAAACCGUCCAGAAUGACAUUAACUCAGGAUGUCGGACGGUCAGGGCCGGAACGGAGAGCGAAGAAAGAAGAUAACGCCGGCCCGUUUGCUGGUAUGAACAGGACCGUCGCAAGGUUACCGGAAAGACGAGAGCCCCGACCGCUCCCUUCGAGAACGAGAAUGAAUCUUCGAACAGAAAUCAGGCAACGAGCCGCCGAAGCGAAGCCCACUAUCGUUGGCGGACGUGAGGACGACGGAGCCGAGCCAUCUGCCGCGCCGAGCAAGAAAAGCACGGCAAAUAAGGAUGACAGGCCUACAUUCCACGCUUUGAAAAUGCAACAGACCCUUACCCCUUUGUCCUACAAUCAGCGAGACAAAUUAAAAGAAAAGCUGGAGAAGAUCAACUCCUUCGAAGAGCUGGGAUUGAUGCCAUCGGUCACAAACGCCGUCUAUACACAAGUUCUGCCUCAUCUGGCGGAAUACACACCUACUCCGGUUCAAAAGCUAGCCAUUCCUACCCUCCUCAGCAAAAAGGGCGACUACCAGAAACAAAAGCUAGCAGAUGAUGCUCCCAAGUACGAUCAAUUCCUACUCGCUGCCGAGACAGGUUCAGGCAAGACGAUGGCAUAUCUUCUCCCACUCGUCCACCAUGUCAAAGAGCAAGAAGAACUAGACCGCAUUGAACAAGACGAACGUGAAGCUCGAGAAGCCAAGGAGAAAGAAGAGCGCGAAAAGCGCAUGGUCUUCGACGUCGAUCCUUCAGAAGCCGACGAGAAGAUCCACCCGUCAAUGGGCCGACCACGAGCACUCAUCCUCCUACCGUCUUCCGAACUGAUUUCCCAGGUGACCAAAGUGGUCAAACUGCUCGGACACACAGUCAAGUACAAAUCAGCAGGGAUAUCUUCCUCUAACAGCGCGACCGUCAUCCGCAACCGGCUCUUCAAUCCCAACGGGAUCGACAUCGUCAUCUCCUCGCCUCACCUCAUCGCCAGCAUCGCCAAGAAGGAACCCAACAUUCUCUCCCGGAUACAAUAUCUAGUCAUGGAUGAAGCCGACUCUCUCUUCGACCGCUCAUUCAGCGAAACAACCUGCGAAAUCAUCGACCGCGCCGCCCCAUCCCUCAAACAACUCAUCAUGUGCUCCGCCACCAUCCCCAACUCCCUCGACCGCUUCAUCGACCGCCGUUUCCCACAAGCCAAACGUAUCGUCACGCCCAAACUCCACACCAUCCCCCGUCGCGUGCAGCUCGGCGCAGUCGACAUCGACAAAGACCCCUACCGCGGCUCCCGAGAUCUAGCCUGCGCCGACGUCAUCUGGACCCUCGGCAAGGCUGUCCACGAAGACCUCAACCCACGCCACACAGUCAAGCACAUCCUCGUGUUCGUCAACGAGCGCGAAAAGGCCGAAGACCUCGCCAAAUUUUUAGCAUCCAAGGGCAUCGACGCCGUGGCUUUGACAAGGGACACCACCGAGCAACGACAAGCCGAGAUCCUGUCGACUUUCACGGCAGUCACCGCAGUCGAUGGCUCCGAGAAGCCCGCUGCAAAGCCCAGCAAGAACAAGCUCUUCAAGGACUUCGUGCCGUUCGACAGCAACCAGGUCGGACCCACCCGCCACUUGCCAGACACCAAAGUCCUGGUCACCACUGAUCUGGGCUCGCGUGGCGUCGACACCAUGGCCGUCCGGCACGUUGUUCUCUAUGAUGUUCCGCAUACCACGAUCGAUUUCGUCCAUCGACUGGGUCGUAUGGGAAGGAUGAAUCGUCGUGGACGUGGAAUUGUGUUGAUGGGCCGAGAUGAUCGUAAGGAUAUCAUUCGCGAAGUAAGGGAGGCAAUGCACAAGGGACAGGCGCUGAUAUAAGAAGACGAUGGACGCUGCACAGGCAAGUCAGCCGCUUUCUAUGUAACAAUACCUUUUCCUUGCACACCAAGUGCUGUAUAUAACAGAUACCCUAUGUCCUCAACUCCUGUGGACGCAAGCUCUAAUAGACCACAUCAACGGUUCUGACGCGCACAGUAAAACCCAUUGCCCUAAGUGGAAAGCAUGGUAU